AUGUACUUAGUCAUCCACAUAGAUCCCUCUUUGCUUCCAACGACGCACAAGGCAGGGCAGCGUCGAAUAUGUGCCGCAGGUCUUCACGGGAUUUCGGGCGGCCUUUGUUCUCAGGCAGUGCCCAGACGACUACCUUGCGAGUCCCGGGACAGCAUCCAGAAUGUGAAGGGCUUCAUCACCGAGUUGUACGGCGUUCCCUUCUUGCGGCAGAACCUGUACUUCAAUGGCGUUCUCUUGCAUGACGACGGCAUCACCCUGGACUCGCUGGGGAUCGACGACGAGGAUGAGCUCGCGGUGCGCCCCAAGCGCCGCCAGGGUGCGCUGUUGCGCGGCGCGGCCGCGGCGUCGCGGGCGGCGCGUUCGGGCUCUUGGAGCACAGGGGAGGCUCGUGGCAGCUUCGAAGCGCAGAAGGUCUUGCAGCUGCCCGGAGGAGACGUGGCCUUUCAGGUGCCCGGCCGACCAAGCAACAUGUCACUCACCAUGUGCUGCGACGGUCCCGUCCUCCGCAAUUGGGCUCUUCGCAUGCAGUCUCUCUUUCUCGACGGUCGUGCUGAUGCAUGUGCUGUUACAGCUUCCAUUGCACUCGUCCGUAUCAACUGCUGUGCUGUACUGGCUGGACUUCAGAGAACAUUCAGCUAG